AAAAAAUAUAGAAUGUGAUGAAUGUGUGAUUAGGACCAAAAAUCAGACCUCGACAAUUGUGAACGCACUACUGAUCGGUCACUGGUGAGGCGCGUGAGUAGCGUACCUAGUCAGUCAGUUUUCUCGGCACUGCAGGCUACUCGCGUUCCUCAGCCGGCUAUCCAUUGUUUGGAUAAAAGUUUUCAAUUUCUUUGCCAUUUGCCAUAAAAACAAAGGAAGGACCUCUCCCCAAACAGUCAAGGCUAAUAUGAGGUGUAUCAUUGAGGGAAAUGGGGUGAAAGCGUUUGGAAAAGCUAUUCAUGGCCUCUCACGAAUAGGUGAUGAAUUAUGGCUGGAUCCUAUGGUGAAAGGGUUGGCAGUGAGAUCAGUGAAUCCUGCCCAUUCGGCCUAUGGCUGCUUUCUCUUCACGACACUAUUCUUCCAAAACUACAGUCUUGCCCCUGAAUGUGGAACCGCCAAAUGCAAACUGGCAAUGAAGUCAGUGCUCCCACUGUUUCGGUGCUUGGCGACUAUUGAACGUAACGUGGCCAGGUGUGAAAUAUCCAUCAACAGCCCAGAGAAUCGUGUGAUAUUCCAGUUUUACUGCAGACAUGGUAUAACUAAAACUCACAUGCUGGGUUUCCAAGAGAGCGAGGCUCUCCAGGCGGUAUAUCCUUCUCACCUCGGCCUCAACGUCCUGAAGGCGCAGGCCAGACUUAUAGGUGACAUGGUGAUGCACUUCCCAGUGUCCCAGGAGGAAGUUACCCUGUCCAUGUCUCCUCUGAGGCUUAAUCUCAAAAACUACCAAGAAGAGAAAAGUGAUCGUUUGAAGGCUAUGCACACUGAGAUGUCCUUACAUCCGAGUGAGUUUGACUACUUCCAGGUUGGAGUGGAUUCGGACAUAACCUUCUGUCUGAAGGAGUUGAGGGGACUUCUGUCCUUCGCCGAAUCCCACGGCCUACCUGUGUCCGUGCACUUUGGUGCGGCGGGAAAGCCAGUGUGCUUCAGUGUGGAUGACAUGGUCCUGGAGGCCAGAGUAGUGUUGGCUACUCUGGUGGACCCAGAGAGCACCACCCCGUCCCAGGCCGAGGUCGAGGCCCUGCCCCCCGCCGCUCUCAGGUGUGAAGGUGUUGCCGGUUUCCCCGACGGCCCUCAGGGGCCAGCCGUUGUUUCCCCUCAGGAUUUCCUGGCUGUGGGCGAGCUGAUAGCAUCCAGCCAGGGGAGCCCAGUUCUCGGUGGCGAUGCCCUCAUGAGAAGGCUGAGCAGGCCAGGGAACCUGGAGAGACUCCCCACAGCCGGGACUGACAAGCAGCCUGCCACUGUCAUCAGAACACCUGCUUCUGCCAAGAUUCGCUCCUUCCUUUUUGGUGCGUUGUCUACUGAGCAGGGAAAUGUCCAUACUGCCCUGCCGCCCAGUCUGGUGUGUGCCAGUGACACAGAGGACGAUGGUGAAGAGGGCCAGUGGUAGAUUAUAACCCAGAGUCAGUCAGACCAACAAGUUUCCUGGUUCCAUUUACCACAAGCCACAAUUACAAAGGACAGUCAUUUUGUCUGUUGAGUACUUUAGAGAGUGUAGUGGAACAUAAUUUGUUCCAAAUGUUUCAUAAACUUUUACAGAGUAUGUCAUUUUGUUCAGAUGUUAUAAUUACGCCACUUUGACAGUUAAUGUUAUUGUACUACAUGAUAUUAAAAUGAUAAUUUAUAGAUUCAUUAAGAACUGGUACCUCAGGUUUCUAGAAGUUUGAAAGAUACCAUUUUUAAAAACAGUCAAUUAGAUUAAACUGGUUGGUCUUGCAAGUGGAAACAUUGUGUCCUGCUUGGAGAUGCCACACCUAUGUACUGCAGGUAUUUGCAACUAAACACACAGAUGAAUGCCCUUGACGUCUAAAGUCAACUGUGGCCUCUGAGACACAGGAGAGGAUGAGUCAGAGCAGGGAAACGCUUCCUCCAUAUGCAGAAAUACCCUCUGAAAUGUGCUUUCACUGUAGCGUAGCCAUGUUCUAGAAAUCAACGAUGCUGGCUCAGAAGGGCCUGUUAUUACCAGUACUUUGCAUUUGUAGUGCACCUUCAACCUGUUUAGAGUAUGUUGAAUUGCUUUUUGUAUGAAAGUGAGUGGCUGUUUAGCCCACAAUAUGGCCUUUAUACAUAGUCAGUAUGAUAGAAACAGCUGGCACACCAAGGUAAUAAAUACUAUAAUCUUUAUUUAAAUAUUUUACAGCUUCCAAAACAUGUUUACAGAACUCAGUCUGCAUUGUUGAACUGUACACACAAAAUAUAUAGAUACAUGCAACUCUCAUUGUAACAAACUUUUAUUUUGAACUGGAGGGUGAAGUCAAGGAGGAUAUCAAGGUCACGGUUGGGUUGGGUCUGCUGAGGGAACAGGGAAGCUAGCUCUGACAAGAAGUACCAUUUGACGGGGAAAUUGCUUGUAUUGUUAAGUUAUCGUUAAGGCUGGUGAGGUUUGUGUUAACCUCUUCAGUGCCAUAAAGCUUCAGAGCACAUUUUGACUAUCCAGUGCAGACACCUCUCGAUUUCCCAUCGCAAAGGAUACAGUAAACAUGUGCUUUUGGUUUCUUUUUAAUUACAUGGUUCACCUGAGGGCUCCCCCCAGUCUGUCCUGCCCUACCAAUCAUGUAUCAAGUGUGGGACCAGGAGCCCUUGAAGCUGGGCAGUAGCCUGCAGCAAGGAAGCACCAUAUCAGUGUGAAAGAAAAAAUAAUAAUAAUGCAAACGGUAUAGAAUCAGAAUAUACACGUUUAAACAGAUCGCAAGAUCUGUCCGAUUUUGUCAAUGAAAAUGAAUCUCAAUUUAUGGUGAAAAGGCAUAGGAUCACAUGGGAAAGAUGGGUCUUCCAUCGACUGGUGAGGAUUGAGUUAAUCUUAAAACAGCAGGGUAAGAUGGGGAAAACUAAAUGAGAAUCGUAUGGCUACUUGUCUAGCUCAGGCUCUGUGUCCAGUAGUGGGCAGACAAAGGGGGGUUUGGAGAAUUGUAAUUGUACAAUUUUGCCAGUAUCAACACCUGAUACAAGGCACAUCAGCUCUACAACUUGAACACGUACAUAGUACAUGCUUGAAAGGAAGCAUACCUUCCUUAAACUGUAGCAGUUGCUGCACAUAAAUUAAAAAGAAAUGCACUGUGCAAAUCUGCAGCAAUAGAUAUAACAAAAACAUAGGAUUUCUUUUGCCCAUAAAAUAUCAAAACCUGCCGUUAAACACUGAAUGAGAACAAGUGACCUGAUUAAAAUGAUUUCUCAGGUGUGCCACUGGAAUUGUACAGCAGGAAAACUGAUGAGGACAGACAAGGAAAUGCUGAUUGUGAACAAACGUUUCUAACUCUACUCUGAGACCGUGGUCAAUGCCCAUCCCAUCACUCAAAAGACAAUAAAAACACGUAGUCACUUGACCCAUGUCUACUGGGUGAGAGCAUCCUCAGACAUGCUUUCUCCAAUAUUGUGCGUAAAUGGCUGCCAUCAAUGCAUCCCAAUACAUAUUGAGAAUCACGUGUAGCCAACAUAAACCAAUUCACUCACCACGCGCACCUGUGACUGAACAUACUCCUCUAUCACGCUGAACACCACCAGAAAAAUCACAACCAGGACUUUGCAUCACAGCAGUUCAAUUAAAGGGAGGACUUAUGUUUGACACAGACAAUGUUAUUGAACAGGUUCCCCAUAGAAACAGGUUAACUUGGUCUGUGCAAGACUCGAAUUGUA